CGGCAGAGGCGGAAGUGCAGCUGCCCGGAGGCGUCUCGUGUCGCCUCCGACUCCAGUCUAGCCGCACCCUGGGCCCAUGGCUGCCUACCCCUACCGCCCGGGCCCUGCGGCCGGCCCCGGCCCCGGCCCCGCCGUGGGCGCGGCGCUGCCGGACCAGAGCUUCCUGUGGAACGUCUUCCAGAGGGUUGAUAAAGACAGGAGCGGCGUGAUAUCCGACAACGAGCUUCAGCAAGCACUGUCCAAUGGCACCUGGACUCCAUUUAAUCCCGUGACUGUCAGGUCAAUCAUAUCAAUGUUUGACCGCGAGAACAAGGCUGGCGUGAACUUCAGCGAGUUCACAGGCGUCUGGAAGUACAUCACGGACUGGCAGAAUGUCUUCCGCACCUACGACAGGGACAACUCGGGGAUGAUUGACAAGAACGAGCUCAAGCAAGCACUCUCAGGUUUUGGCUACCGGCUGUCUGACCAGUUUCAUGACAUCCUCAUUCGAAAGUUUGACAGACAAGGACGGGGACAGAUUGCCUUUGAUGACUUCAUCCAGGGCUGCAUUGUCUUGCAGAGGUUGACAGAUAUAUUCAGACGCUAUGAUACGGAUCAGGACGGCUGGAUUCAGGUGUCAUAUGAACAGUAUCUCUCCAUGGUCUUCAGCAUCGUAUAAUACUGGCCUUGUACAAACAGCAACGUGACUUACGGAAAAAAGACUGGAAAUGCCAAAUCUCUUACCAUUAAUGAAACGGAGUGCAGAUGCAGUAGUCACUGUUCCUCCUUUAGACUUUAUAUAAUUAAUAUUCGGGGACCCAACUGUACAUAUGUGGAUAAGCUGAUUAACAUUUUUGCAGUCAUAGCAAUAGUCAUAUUGUUAUUCAGAUACAGGCAUUUGAUUUGGGACUGUUUAAUUGUGCCAUGAGGUAAGAUAUAAUAAUGUUUCAGGUAUUCUGCAUGUAAAACAUUGAUCAUGUGCUUUUCUAUAUAGCUCCAGCUCUAUAGUGGAAAUACUAUUAUUAGCCAUAGGAAUUUGAAAAUAAUAGGGAACUUGCACAGAAGGCUUUUCAUGUGCCUUACUUUUUAAUAAAGUUUAUUGUAUUCAUUUGAAUAUGCAAUGUAAGCAAUAAAACAGUG